UCCCACUCCAAUUUCCCAUGACCCCGCACAUGCACGCCUUUUAAUAAAAGUCCCAUAAGAUUGCUUCAAUUUUUUCAACUCUUGAUAAUUGUCACUCUCAUGCACUUAGACGAAGAAGAAGAAGAAGAGGGAAAAAAUGGAUGAGGUCUCUCGCUCUCUUUCACCGCCUUCCUUUCUAUCAAAAGAUCUUCACCUCCAUAAUUUUCACCAUCAAUCCUCCAAUCACCAAAUUCUCGGCCUAAAACGCGACCGACAAGACCACAUCGUCAACGACCACUCUAAUUCAUCCGGUAAAGACCAUGCCACAACGACUACUCCCUCAGGAGAAGGAGAUAAGAUCAUUAAGAGAAGGCCACGUGGUAGACCCUCUGGUUCCAAGAACAAACCCAAAGCACCGAUCAUUAUCACACGCGACUCCGCAAACGCCUUCAGAUGCCACGUCAUGGAGAUAGCCAACGGCUGCGAUGUAAUGGAAAGCAUAAACGUGUUCGCUAGACGCCGUCAUCGUGGCGUUUGCGUCUUAACCGGAAACGGCGCCGUUACAGACAUCACCGUCAGACAUCCCGUCGGAGGAGGAGGCGCGGGCUCUAACGCCGUCGUUAAGUUACUGGGACGGUUCGAGAUUCUUUCUCUCUCAGGUUCGUUUCUUCCUCCACCGGCUCCGCCAGCUGCGUCUGGUUUAACAGUUUACUUAGCCGGUGGUCAAGGUCAAGUGGUCGGAGGUAACGUAGUGGGACCGCUUAUGGCUUCAGGUCGUGUCGUGAUUAUGGCAGCUUCGUUUGGAAACGCAGCUUACGAGAGGCUGCCAUUAGAAAAGGAGGAGGAGGAUGGAAACGCGACUGUUGCGGAUGAAUCGCAAACGCAAACGCAGAAGCAGUUAAUGCAAGAUGCAACGCCGUUUAUUCAAGGGUUGCCUUCGAAUAUCAUGAAUUCUGUUUCACUGCCAAGUGAAGCUUAUUGGGGAACGCAACGACCGUCUUUUUAGAUUAUCCUUAUUCUUUAUAUAUAUACUUCUUAUCCAAUUUUUUUUUCUUUCUAGAUUAUCCUUAAUAUUUAUAAACUUUCUUCUUCUGCUUCUUUUAUUUUGUUUAUUGUUCUUUUUAGCUUCCCAAAAAUUUUCGCAUGGUAUGAAUUUUUUAAUGUUUGAGCAGUGCCUGAAGCUUUUUGGCAAUUCUU